AUGCAAGUGGCAGAAAUGCUAGUUGAUUCAGCUGCAGGUUUCGAAUACUUGUGUAUGUUUGAUGGUUAUUCUGACAAUAAUCAGAUUCUCAUAGCAGAAGAUGAUGUUCUCAAUACGGUGUUUCGAUGCCCCGGAGCUUUGGUAACAUACGAAUGGUUUGUGAUGCCGUGUUUAAAAAACGCCGAAGCAACUUAUCAAAAAGCAAUGAAUGCCAUAUUCCAUGAUUUUAUUAAAAAAAUUAUGCAGUUUGGAAUUCCUGAAACCAUUACUACAUAUCAAGGUUCAGUUUUCGUUGGUCAAAAGAUGCAAGAGUUUGCUGUUGAAAGAGGAUUCAAGUUGGUUACUUCCAUACCUUACUACGCCCAAGCAAAUGGCCAAGUCGAGGCAGCCAAUAAAGUGAUAAUUGGGUUAAUCAAAAAACCUGUUGCCAAGAAACCUAAGAAUUGGCAUAAAACAUUAGAUCAAGUUCUAUGA